AUGCUUUCUUCUUUAGCAUUGAGAAUUAUCAUGUCUAUUAUGUGCCAAUUUAUGUGGGAAAAGGAUCUGCAGGAGGCUCUGAAUCAACUGGAAGAAGGACUGAAAGAUAACAUUAAGAGGCUAAGUUCUUUCGACAAGUACAAGCAGGAAAUUUUAAGGGUCCUGAUCACAAUCUUGGAUACAUCCAGUGAUCCUCGAACACAAGCUGUUGCUUGCUUUGAUCUCUCGCAGUUCAUUCAGUACUAUCUUGCUGGGCGUAUCAUAGUGACUGACCUCAAAGCAAAGGAGUGGGUGAUGAAAUUGAUGAACGCAGGGUAG